AUGAGUUCUUUUCGGUAUUUUGAAAAUCAAAAAUGUAAACAUUAUUUUGAAAGUUUUCGAAUCGGAGUUACUAAUUUCAACAAUGCCAAUGACCUUGUUCUUGUUACUCAAAUGUUGAGGGAAGUAGCCUCAAAGCAUAAGGACCUUCAAGUUUAUACUUUUCAACAUGGAAGGGCUAUUGCUGAUCAAUUGAACGUUCUUCUUCCUUUCACACUUCGUAAUGAUUUAAUAGCUAUGGCAUGUAUGGUUGUUAUUUCUCUCCUUUGUAUUCCUAAUCCAAUUUGCACAAUUUGGAUUAUGUUAGCUAUGUUCAGUAUUGAAAUAGGUACAAAUAAUUUUUAUUUGUUAUCAAUUAAUUAA